AUGGACCCCGCAAAGAUCGCAAUGUUCAGGACCUAUGAUAAGCCCAAGGGCCAAGGUGGCUCAGGGUCGUUUGCGACGUUCAUGAUUAUCGCGCCUGUGUCCUUCUUCCUUGGGAUGCUAUUCUCGUCGUUCCCUUACGAUUACCCCCUCCUCUGGACAACUGAUGUCACGCCUGAUUCCUAUUACGAUCUUCUAGAAACCCAUCUCAGGUUCAUGCAUGCGUCCCCACCCAUUAUUCCUCGAAUCCUACACAUUGCCAUCUCAAUUGGCUUCAUGGGUUUCUUUAUCAAGCUUUUCAAGCCAUCCGAAGCAAAUCUGCUAUUUGAUGGCGCUUCGCUGGUUCUUUACGUGGUGGGAGUCGUUGUCUACAUUACCAACAUCGUUAAGGGGCUGCGCAUUGUCACUCUCGGUGUUUACAGCAUCCCUGAAGGCAACAGUGAAUUGGCCGUUGGCCGAGAAGACAGUCUGAGAGUUAUGGCAGCGAGCAACACAAUUUUGGCUUUGAUACUGGUGGGGGUGCUGGUCUUGCAGGCAGGUCAAUGGUAUGCUGAGCGAAGCGCGCAGCAUGAGAGUGAAAGUUUCGAGAAGGAGCAGGUAGAGAAGGCUGCCACUAAGAAGACUGGGGGGCAUGUCACGCGAUCUGCUUCGAAGAAGAAGCAAUGA